UUGUCCUCCGGAUUAGAAAAUCUCCGACACGUAUCGGUUUCUCCCGAAUCCCAAGUGAGUCAGCAUCGGAACCGCUACAAAAAUUUCCUUUUUCUAUGCUUUGUAUAAGCGAUCAUCUCUCACAGAGACUUCUAUUCCUACGGCAGCGAUCGCGGCGGAACGGCGUCAGAUUCCGUCUCUGAUUCGCCGGGAAAGUCACAUACCGACGGAAUGGCUGCCGGUUGAAUAGACAGUGGAGCUCGUAGAACAGGAGAGAGAUCUUUCAUUAUCUCGAAAUUGGAAUGCUUGGCAAUCAUACCUCCCAGUUGAAGACAGCUCAAUACGUUCUCAAGAAACGAACCUUUGCCACUUGUAGUGUGAAUGGAGGAUUCGCAAGGAUUGUUGCCUGCAGGUUGGAUUAUUGAGAUUAAAACACGGAAGAAUGGUUCGCAAGCUGGAAAAUGUUACAAGUGUUACAUUGAUCUAUUAACUGGAAGGAAAUUCUAUUCCAAGGAAGCGGUCUCUCGCUAUCUCAAAAGCAGAAAGCUUGACAGUGAGAAAUCCGGACCAAGGAAACAGAGAAAGAUCAACUGUGAGGCAUCCAAAUCAAAGAACAAGAGAAAGCUCGACAGUGAGACAUACAAAUCAAAGAACUUAAGAAAGCUUGGCAGUGAGACAUCCAAACCAAAGAACAAAAGAAAGCUCAACAGUGAGACAUCCAAACCAAAGAAAAAGAGAAAGCUCAACGGUGAGACAUCCAAACCAAAGAAAAAGAGAAAGCUCGACGGUGAGACAUCCGGACCAAAGAAUAAAAAGACAUACACUCCCUGUCCAGACAAUGUUGCAUCUCAAAAUGAAAGUUGGCCAGACUGCCUACCUCCAGGAUGGACUAAAGAAAUCAAAUAUAGAAACCGGAUAGGAGCUGGAUUUAGAAGAGACAUGUAUUACACAGAUCCUGUUACUGGAUUCAUAUUCCGCUCUAAAGUGGACGUCUUACGCUAUCUUGAAACCGGAGAGCUUGGAAAGGAUGCCAAACCGAAGAAACAAAGUAUCAGCAACACACGGUCAAUAGGCAACAAAUUCUCUUCUCCUGUUGCAGCCAAACAAGAGAAGUCAGGAAGGCGUGUUGCAGCCAAACAAGAGAAGUCAGCAAGGCGAUGCCUUUUUGAUAGUGACAGAUUGAAUUCUGAUGGAAAGACGACAGAGAAGAUCGGCACAUCACCUUUGGGAGUACAGGACUCCACUGGUUGCUCAAAGAGAAGACAGAGCGGUCACUCAAAGAGAAGACAGAGUGAGCGGAUUCAAGCUGCUCAGAUCAUGGAGAAAGAGUCACCAGAACUCGAAGACGGGAAGCAGCCAUCUAAAUCAUUGGAGAAUGGGUUGCCAUUGGAAUAUGAAGACAAUCAUCAGCAGCAGCCAGAGACUAGGGUGCUGUCAAAACUGGAAGACAAGAAGCUUUUGAAGAAUGCGGUGCCCAUGGAAUCGGAAGACAAGAAGCUUCAAACAAAUGGUUGGACAUUGGAAUGCAAAGACAAGAAGCUUUCAGAAAAUGUUGGGCCAUCAGAAUCUGAAGGCAUGACGCUUCUGGAAGAUGGGUUGCUGUUGAAGUCAGUAGACAAGAACCCAUUAUCCAAAGACAAGCUCCCUGAGAAUGGUCCCCUGUUGAAAUCAGCGGGCAAGAAGCUUUUAAAGAAUGCAGCUCUGUUGAAAUCGACAAAAAAGAAGCUAGGGAAAAGAGAGUUAAUGAAAUCCAAAAACAAGAAGCAAAUGGAUACUGGGCCACAAAUGGAAUCUGUAGACAAGAAGCAAAAAGAUACUGGCCCACGAAUGGAAGCCAAAGAUGAGAAGCCACUGGAUGACGGAUUGGUGAACGCGAACGAGGUCCCACCUGAAUCAGAAGAAAAGAAGCUGAAAAGAGAGUUAAUGAAAUCCAAAGACAAGAAGCAAAUGGAUACUGGGCUGCAAAUGGAAUCUGUAGACAAGAAGCAAAAAGAUACUGGGCCACGAAUGGAAGCCAAAGAUGAGAAGCCACUGGAUGACGGAUUGGCGAACGCGAACAAGGUCCCACCUGAAUCAGAAGAAAAAAAGCUGAAAAGAGAGUUAAUGAAAUCCAAAGACAAGAAGCAAAUGGAUACUGGGCCGCAAAUGGAAUCUGUAGACAAGAAGCAAAAAGAUACUGGGCCACGAAUGGAAGCCAAAGAUGCGAAGCCACUGGAUGUCGGAUUGGCGAACGCAAACAAGGUCCCUCCUGAAUCAGAAGAAAAGAAGCUGUUACAGAAUGAGGUGGAAAAGCGUGAAGCAAAAAGCACCCGUGCUCAUUCCCGCAAAGCCAAAGCUGGGAAAGUGUCCAUCUUGCCUCAAAGAGCGUCGAAACGUCUGGCUGGGCUUGAAGCCAACCUGGUGGUCUUCCAAAACCCUGACCUGGCUUGUCGGCUGGCCACUAAACAGAAAGUGGGACCUGCACCCCCAGCUUCCGGAGCCACGGAAGCAUGCCAAACAGGAAAGGUUGAAGCCGAGAAACCGACCGUAAUUGAAGCAGAGAAACCAAUCCCAGAUGAAGCUGAGAAACCAGCUGAUGGCAACGUGCCACAAUCGCCUCUUGUUUUGCCAUUUGGGGAUUCAUGGCCUGAUCCUUGUCUCGAGUUCGCCUUCAAGACGCUUACGGGUGAUAUACCAAUGGAUACAUUGGAGAUAGAAGGCUACUUCCAGCAGCAGUUAGGUAUGGCCCAGCCUCAGAGCCCAGGCUGCGACAGUCUCUUUGAACCUCAGGUUCUUCUUGGGCCCAGCAAUGGCAGCUUACCUUGUUUUUUGGAGAAUGAGCUGCCAGCAAAUGGUGGGAAGGAGAGAGAAAGGAAUGCCAAGGGAAAAAACUAACACUCCUGGGAUGAGAAAUGUUAAGGCAGAAUUGUGCAGGGAUAUCGGUAGAAGAGGCAAUUCAGGGCAUGUGUUAGAUAGCACAUGGCCCGCCUUAAACAUGUCCUGACCUCAAAAUCAGGCUGGCCAUUCAUCAAGUUGGCUACAGGUUAAAAGAAAUCACCAAAAAAAGUCUCAUACCCAAUGUACUUGGGGGGCCCACCUGAUGAAUGAACCAGACUUUUCAGGCCUGGGUAUGUGUCGUGGUGGGCUCCACCAGAUGAAUCUCCAGGACCUUGCAUGGGGUUCUAUUUUGGGAAGUGUGCUGUGAAUUGCUUCUUCAGUCCAUCCUUGCAUGAAUUUCCUUAUCAUUCCUUGAAAACCGCUUCUCCCACUUAAGAUAGAAAUGUAAAAAAUAAAAUAAAAAAAAUCAUGUAACAGGUCUUGCUUUCCGAAUCUCUUCCUACCUGUCCUUUUGGAUUGAAGCUGGUUGUGAAACUCUUUUUGCUCCA